AUGACGACAGGGAUAGCUGGGCCUGGGACGAGUGGCCAAUCUCAAUCCUAUAGAGCAACGUCUUCAAGUGGCAACUAUCUAUUCUCGAAGUGGCUAGAUGGAUGGUAUUGCAGUGCGACAAGUCGAUACUUCCUGGGAUUGGAGCGAUGGUUUUUGAAUGUAGACGAAUACAAAGGCACCGAUGUGAAAGCAAUCUUUGAUGGGCUUUCUGUGGGAGAGAGACGACGGAUAUACGUGGAUCGAGGAUUAGUGAGGCCUCCUUCCUCCUCGUAUUAUUUUGAUUCUUCUGCUCUACAGGAUUCUGGAGCUGAAUCGAAGACCGGAACAAGCAAACACCAGAGAAAGGCGUCUCCAGAUUAUCAACACCUCCUCGAGUUAGUUUACACAUCUCCCCGUCC